AUGGCAUCUCGAUUAAUUAGUGCCAACAUGAUGCGUCUUUCUCGCUCAUUGGCUGCUGCAACCACUGUUCGUUCAGCACCUAUCCGUACCUUUACUUCAACUGUUUCCCGAUUGCAAGCUGAGGAAAACAAUUAUAAAAAGGUAUCUGCUGAUCCCAACUUCAAGAGCGGCAAUGAUCAACUUCACGAAUACGGACAAUAUCUCAUGUCUGUGAUGCCCAAAUUCAUUCAACAAUUCAGUGUAUCCAAAGAUGAACUUUGUCUUUAUGUUGCACCUACUGCCUUGCUUCAAGUUAUGCAAUUCUUACGUGACCACACCAAUGCUCAGUUUAAAUCAGUGAUGGAUAUUACAGCUGUUGACUUUCCCAGCCGUGAAAAUCGAUUUGAAGUUGUUUACAACAUGUUGAGUAUGAGAUAUAACGGUCGUAUCCGUGUAAAGACGUAUGCAAGUGAAAUAUCUCCUGUUCCUUCUGUUGUUCCACUUUUCAGUGGUGCCAACUGGCAAGAGCGUGAAACAUAUGAUAUGUUUGGUGUCUUCUUUACCGGUCAUCCAGAUCUUCGUCGUAUCUUGACUGACUAUGGUUUUGAAGGUCAUCCCUUGAGAAAAGAUUUCCCUCUUACUGGAUAUGUGGAAGUUAGAUAUGACGAAGAAAAGAAACGUGUUGUUACUGAACCAGUUGAAUUGGCUCAAGCAUUCAGAAACUUUGAAGGUGCACUUUCACCUUGGGAACAAGUUGGCCCUGGACGAGAUGAUACACCGAAGAAGAUUGAAGAGGGAAGUGAAGAAAAGAAAUAG